GCAUCUUCCAGGAAAAACCCAGAUAGGGCCUUCAUUCUCACCGGCCUACGAAGCCUUCACGAUCCGCAACACACUCACCAUGUGGAGAGAGCCGUGGUUCAUCCAGGGUACGAUGAAAACACAAUCGCCAAUGACAUUGCCCUCGUCAAGAGUGAAUUUCCCUUGCUAGCGACCGGCGUUUCUUCCGUGUGCUUCGCAAGGGAGGAUUCGAGCCUAAUCUACCCUAACAGUGAAGCGAUCGUCGUAGGGUUCGGAAAUUCACAUAGACGCGAGUGGUCAGCCUUGACAGGAGGCGCUGUCCUCAUUUCUGACAAACAGCUUUGCGCAGGCUCGAAAUUGCACGGGACCGCUCCGGGUGACAGUGGAGGCCCACUACUUGUCAGAGAUCGCCUUGGCAGACUAGUUCAAGUGGGGAUCACAUCAUUUGGAGCAGGAGGAUUUCAAGGUCUCGUCGAUCAAAGUACCUAUCCCGGCGUCUAUACCCGUGUCUCUCCGUACAUCACCUGGAUGGAACAAGUUACGAAUUCCGGAAUCACCCCAUUUCACCUACUUAGCGUCACUUUUAUGGCCUCUGUCAUCUGUCUAUAUGAAAGAAUGGAA